GCUUGCCUGCUUGUGCUUGCAAGGAAGGCAUCAGCCGGUCGCAUGGUCGAACCUGGUGCUGAUGCAGGGCAACCGCCCGGGGGCGAAAGGAAUGGAAUGAGCUUUUCGAAUCGGAUGCUGCUCCUGGCGAUCCUAUAUUUGUUCAUCAAGCGAUAUGUAGGGGACGGCGCUGCAGGAAAAUCUCCAGCUACAUCUGACAAGCCACCAGCGGGUGCUGCAAGUGGAGCACGCGAAGUGCCGGUCGCACCGCUCGCCGAGAUCGUGCCCACAAAGCACAUGAACCACGCCAGACCAGCGAUUGACGACCCGGAGGAUGAGUUUGCCGGGAUGGGCGGAUCCACCAAAAACACAGGCGGGGGGAGCCUCGGCAGCAGCAAUAGAGACGAUGCACGAUCGGCGGCGCAGCAGCUCGCCGUGGCAGAUUCCUCCGUAGAGUUUGGCGGCACUGCGAGUUUAGGCGCCGUUACCGGCGCUGGUGCUGUUGGUAGUGGUGGCGACGUGCCGCAAGUGCUGGUCCAAUUUUGCGUGUCAUGAGGCAUGCGGAGGAACUUCGAAGAGCUUCGAUCGUUCCUCCACGCACACUACCCCGCUCUCGCCAAGGCGCAGAGCAUCCGGGGGGAGCUUUACCCCCCUCCCCCCAUGGCCCAAGCCCUGGCCACCCUCGGUUCCUACGCGCAGGUGGGCGGCGUGGCUUCGGUCCUGUUCGGUUCCCUCAUCUUCGACAGGCUCGGGGUCCCGGCGCCGUUCUUCGUACCGGUGAUGCGGCGCAAUCCGAUGGCAACGAUAGUGGGGCUUACCGUAGCGAACUCGUUCUGCGGCUCCCUUUUGGCGACCGGCGCCUUCGAGGUGUCCAUCGACGGGGAACUGGUGUUCUCGCGGCUGGCAGGAGAGGGGCAGUUUCCCACCGGCGCGCUGCUGUUGAGGGAGUUCGAGAAGCGCGGUUUGCGUAGCGUCAGAUCCACCUAAGACGGCUGCUUCUUUUUUCGGCUUCGGGUACACGUCCGUCCGUUCCAACAGCAGAGAUACGUUGGUGGAAUUUUCCUCUUCCGUGUCGCUUUUGUGCCGUGUAGUAUAGACUGAAAAACAAAUAAGCCAGCUUGUGCCUUGCCACGGGGACGCGGGGAGACUUGGAGGAGAACCAUAGCAACCCUGAUGGAGAGGAGAGGUGGGAUGAAACGGGAGUGGUCCGAGAUCAAGCAGCCUCCCCUUCUGUCUCUCAGGCGUAAUGACGGGCAGCACUUGAAAGGCGCUUUACACGUCCUGUGCUGACCUGAAAUGCCUAGAGGUGGACGGGGCUAUUUGCUGGAUAUCUCGUCACUUUCUCCCAGAGUAGCUCCUAGCCUCGCUGGUAGGUGUUAAUUAACCCCUAUGUGGCAGGGUUUUGGAUGUCUGUGGUUGCCGAAUCAUUUCUGAAGGUGGCCGCCGUUCGAAGUUCAUUUUUUUCUUGGGGAAAGGGCAGGCGGGGUCACUGGGCUCUCGACUGCACUUGUCCGUAUUUUUUUUUUGUUUUGGUCUGAUGAGGAGUAAAGAUCAGCCAGUGGUGGCAGAGAAGUAUUCUAGCAGUACCACAUGUUGUGAUAUGCAAAACACAGCUUUGCGAAACAUGCGCAUUUGAAUGUGUUCAU